GCAUCAAUAUUCAACGACCCUGCUAAUCCAAUCAAAAUAUACUUUACCCUCUUCCUCUCUAGCAACCCAAUAAAAGAAAUGGAACAAUCAACAGUUCGAAUCAUCUCAGAAUGUUAUGUUACACCACAACAUGUUUCUGAUCAAUCAAAACAGCCUUACUAUUUGACAACAUGGGAUCUUGUUAUGUUGUCUGUACAGUACAUCCAAAAGGGUCUUCUCUAUACCAAACCAGAGAAUAGUUGUGAAGAAAACUUGAUCAACAAUGUCUUGGACCGGCUCAAGCAUUCCCUUUCCAUUGCCCUCGUUCAUUUCUAUCCCUUAUCAGGUCGGCUCGUAACGAGAAUAGAAGAAAACCCAAAGUCUCAUUUCGUGUUUGUGGAUUGUAAUAACAGCCCAGGAGCCAAAUUUAUACAUGCAGCUGUUGGUUUAUCUGUGUCCGACAUUGUUUCACCUACAUAUGUUCCGUUGGUUGUUCAAUCGUUCUUCGAUCAUGAUCGAGCAAUCAACUAUGAUGGUCACACCACACCUUUGUUAUCGAUUCAGGUCACCGAACUGGUAGAUGGGGUGUUCAUAGGUUGUUCAAUGAACCAUGUUCUUGGUGAUGGAGCUACCUUUUGGCAUUUCUUCAACACAUUAUCCGAAAUAUUUCAAGCUCAAGGAGAUACUAAAAUGAAAAUCUCACGUCCGCCAGUGCUAGAGAAGUGGUUUCCAGAGGGUCAUGGUCCAUUACUUAACCUUCCUUUCACCAACCAAGAUGAGUUCAUCACUAGAUUUGAAGCACCCGAGCUUUUAGAGAGAAUGUUCCAUUUCUCAGCAAAAUCCAUUGCAAAGCUCAAAGAAAGGGCUAACACAGAAUCCAACACCACCAAAAUCUCCUCCUUUCAAUCUUUAUCUGCAUUUGUAUGGCGAUCUAUAACAAAGGCACGUCGUUUCCCAAACGAAACAGUCACUGGUUGUAGGUUAGCUAUAAACAAUAGGUCAAGGCUAGAACCAGCUUUACCCCUAGAUUACUUUGGAAACUCAAUUCAAUCUGUUAGAGCAGUGACCACAGCCGGUGAACUGCUCGACAAUAAUCUCGGUUGGGCUGCUAGGAAACUACACCAAGCUGUGGUUAACCAUACAGAUAAACAAGUGCGUGGUUUCGUCAAUGGUUGGCUUGAUUCACCCUUCAUUUACCAGAUUGCUCAGCUUUUUGACCCACAAAGUGUGAUGUUUGGAAGCUCGCCGAGGUUCAACAUGUAUGAAAAUGAGUUUGGGUUAGGGAAAGCAUUGAUGCUUCGAAGCGGAUAUGCCCAUAAGUUUGAUGGGAAAGUUUCGUCGUAUCCAGGACGUGAAGGUGGUGGAAGUGUUGACUUGGAAAUUUGCCUUCCACCAUCUUCAAUGAAAGCUCUUGAAUUAGAUGAAGAGUUCAUGAGUGUUGUUUCUUGUGGUGGAAUUGAUAUUUGAUAAUAAAAUAUAUUGUGGGGUGAAAUAUAGAAAUUUGUUUUUUUAAUUUUGUUAUAUUACGUACACAGUUAUUGUCAUGUUGACAUAUUAAUAUUUAAUUAAAUUUUUAAAGUUAUCUAAA